CGCGCCACCCUCCUUCUCCUCCUUGCCUUUCAUGGCGCCGCGCGGCACGGCCUGGGCUCCGCUCCCAGGCUCCGCGCCCGGCCCGCCCUGUGCCCGCAGCCCGAGCCCGCAGCCCGAGACCGCGAUCCGCUCGGGCCCGGUCCAGCGAUCCGCCACCGGAACUUCCGGCCGCGCGGGGCGGGGCGGAGCGAGCGGGGCGGCCGGACACGCGCGAGUGGGAGGGACUUCGCGUGCGCCCGACGCUCUGUGGGGGGGGCCAGCGGAAGUGUGCGCUCGGGGAGACGCGACCCACGACGUCGGAAGUCUGGAGAAGAGCCGAGAGCUGCCCAGGUGGCUCCGCCCCUCGCACUCGGGGCUGGUCCUUCCAGAAGUCGGUCCGACUCACGCCGCGCGGCCCGCCACGCCCAUCAGAGGCCCCGUCCCCGCGGCCGGUCCCGCCCCCUCCGAGACCCGGCCCUUGAACAUGGCGGUCGCCUGCGGGCUGUGGGGCUGUGAGGACCCGAGCCGCUGGGCCGCCAUCCUGGCGCGCCACGGGGAGGUGCUGCGGGCGCGCGCGGGCCCCCGGGGGCAACUGGAAGCCCUGGAUCGAUGGUACCGAGAGGAUUUGCCCAUGGCCAUUGAGGGCCGCGCGGAGAAGCACGUGACACGAGAAGAGCUAGAGCGGCUGCUGGCGUGGAAGCUGGCGAGGGGCCGCUUCCGUCCUCGCCUGCAGCAGCUGGUGGCCACCAACCCCCCGGAGCAGGUGGUGCAGUGUUCGGCUGCUGCCUUCCGCCUCCUUCCAGACAUGCGGGCAGCAAUCACAGAACUGUGCGCCCUCCGGGGCGUGGGCCCCGCCACGGCCUCGGCGGUCCUGGCUGUUGGAGCUCCUGAGGUGGCAGCCUUCAUGUCCGAUGAGGCAGUGGCUGCAGUGCCCGGCCUGCCAGCUCUGCAGUACACGCUCAAGCAUUACCUGCUGUACCUGGGCCGGGUGCAGGAGCGUGCCAGAGCCCUGAGCAGAGGUAGUAACUCAGGGUUGUGGACCCCUCACCAUGUGGAGACCGCACUGUGGACCUGGACUGUGGGGCAGAAGCUGUGCCCAGACCUGCUGCCUGACCUCAGCCCCAGCCAGGGCACCCCUGAGGCUACCAGGCCAGCCAAGAAGCACAGGACUCAGGCCGACUGAACUUGGCUGUGGCCCAGGGCCUGCUCACCUGCCGUGUGAUUGUAGCAGCUCAAUAAAUCCUUGCUGAACUCA